GCUGAGCUGUCGGUCUGCGCUGUGGAGUUUCAGUUAUUUUGUAAUUUCAGUAAACAGGUCUUUAUCCUGUCUGUUUGAUAUUCUGCUAAAAUGGAAAUGAAGAAGAGGAUCAGUUUAGAGCUGAGGAACAGAAGUCCAGAAGAGGUAGCGGAGCUGGUAGUUGAUAAUUGUCGUUCCAGUGAUGGUGAGGUGGAAGGCCUGACAGAUGACUUUAAGGAGCUGGAGUUUCUUAGCAUGGUCAACGUGGGUCUCACCUCCCUAGCUAAACUGCCUUCGCUGCCCAAACUGCGAAAGCUGGAGCUGAGCGACAACAACAUCUCAGGCGGUUUGGAGACACUCGCGGAGAAAUGUCCCAACUUAACGUACCUGAACCUGAGUGGCAACAAGAUCAAAGAGCUGAGCACGGUGGAGGCUCUUCAAAAUCUGAAGAACCUGAAGAGCUUGGACCUCUUUAACUGUGAGAUCACCACGUUGGAGGAGUACCGCGAGAGCAUCUUCGAGCUGUUACCACAGGUCACCUACCUGGAUGGGUUCGAUGCGGAGGACAACGAGGCGCCUGACUCUGAGGCGGACGACGAUGAUGAUGAUGAAGAUGGUGAAGAGGGAGCUGGACCUCAGGGUGACUAUGAUGAGGAGGACGAGGAUGAGGAAGGCUCAGAAGGUGGCGAGGAGGUUGGGCUGUCUUACCUCAUGAAAGAGGGAAUACAGGAUGAAGAGGAUGAUGAUGAUUAUGUAGAAGAGGAAGAAGAGGAAGAAGGAGAGGAAGAGGCGGAGGAAGACGGCGGAGAACGAGGGGAGAAACGAAAGCGAGCCGCCGAGGACGAGGGAGAGGACGAUGAUGAAGACGAUGACUAGGCCCUGCACGCGAGGUGCCAUGGAAACCAGAUCCAAGCUCUGUAGAGCAACCAUGGAAACGAGCGUGAUCUUUCAGAUUGUUUUUGGGUUUUUUUGUUUGUUUGUUUGUUUUUUUGUUUCGUUUUUUUUUUUUUCUUUUUGUAUACCAUAGAUAUAUCACUGUAGAAGCUAAAUGUUUUCUUUUUGAUAAAUACAUAUGAUAUACUAUAUAAAAGGGGGUUUUAUUGAUAAUUCACUGAUAACCAUUCCAAGUUUUAUUUCUCAACCCCUAAAUAAUCUUGCCAGUGGUAGAACGGAGGGGUUGGG